GCACAGAUUUCACAAAUAUCCUUGUGAGCCUCUUUCUCCCUGGGCAACAUCCCCGAGAGAGCCUCAAAAUCGACGUACUGACAAAGCACCCCUGUUUUGUCUCAGCUCACACAAGCACUCUUUCCUCCAUGUCUGAAACAAGCGUCCUGCAAUCCAUGCAUAUCAAGGAUGUACGUCUCACCUCACACGAGAUACGGGAACAGUCCGGUGAAGGAAGUGGAUCGAUGACGGAGCCGCCGCCGCCCGCAUCCACCGGGAAUGCUCAGCCCAGUGAGACUGCAGUCAGUCCUUCCCGACGCCUCACUCGCUCUGCAACCGGGCACUCAGCAAAACCAAAAACGCGCGACGACGGCUGGUACGAAGCCUCUUCACCGAAGAAGAAGAACACUCCCGUCCGCAAGAGAGCUGUGGGUAAGACCGCCCGCAAACGCACCAUCGACGAGGUAGAGGGUGACAUCGAGUGGGAGGAGCCCCUGGAUACGCAGUCGACGUCGGUGCUGCCUGCACCGCUGCCAGACACGGCAGAGUCAGCCCCUGUCGCGGCUAUAACACCACCAGCGCCCGUGUCCUCGAUGACGAGCGCGGAAUCGACUGUCUUCGUCGAGUCGAAUGGGGACUAUUACACGAACCCAACACAUCGGCGUCUAGUGCGGACGCGUACUAAUUUACCUGUGCCAGUGCCGAAUCUGAUCAAGAAAAGCCGGGGGCGGAGGGUGCCCACAGCGACGACAUCUGGAACAGAAGAGCCGGGAAAAAGAGUGCAUGUUUGUACAGUGGACGGGUGCGGGAAAGCCUUCCAUCGCGGAGAGCAUCUGAAGCGACAUAUCCGGUCUAUUCACACACACGAGAAACCGUUUCCGUGCACCUUCCCGACCUGCCACAAGUUCUUCAACCGCCACGAUAAUCUUCUACAGCACAUCAAAGUCCACCGGGACACGGAAGAUGGGGAUGGGGAGGACGACAUUGACGCGGAGGGUUCUCCUGCACCGGAAGAAUCGCCGCCUGUGUCUCCUCUGGUCGACGCAUAUGAAGCUGCCCGGGUCGCCAUCAUGCACCUAAACUCGCAGCGAACGUCGAUCACCUAUCCCAGUCUCGGUGCUGCGCCCGUGGGGAUGUCCUAUUCCGGACCCAGCGUUCCCUCGAGCAGCUAUGCCACCGUGUCGUCUCUGCGGACGGAGUUGCCAGAGUCGCCUUCUAAAGAUGUCGCUUCCCAGCCCCAGCCCGGCAAAGACGAUGCAGUGACCCAGUUCUUCUUCGUCGAGCCGGGGCAACAGCACCCGGCAUCCUAUCAUGCUCCUAUGUUACCUACAGAGCAGUCAGUCUGAUCAUGUAUCGUCGUAUGUGCUCCUUGUUGUUUUUUUAGUCAUCUAGAACUUCUAUUUUGACAAUCCCGAUUGCGAAUUCCCAAGAUAUUGGCGCUGCC